UGUUUAAAUUCAACGGGAGUUGGUUGUGUCGGGUUUCCACGGAGGGGAACGCUAUUAAAAUAUCUACAAACAUUAUCUUUAAUUGGGCUGAAUUUUGCGCCUGUGUGCGCGGGUUUUUUUUCAGUGUCGCUUUUUACCGAGUUGAUCACUGUUAUCAGUAUUGUUUAGUGCGGUUAGUGUUGUGAACGAAAAUGACAUCAGUGACGUGACAGUUCGAGAAAAUCGCCAAUUUGCGAUCCGCGCUUCAAGAAUCGGUAAAAAUGACACGUGCCACAUAAUAGUGAUGCGAUUAAAAGUAAUUAUCGCAGUCCCGUUCUUGAUUGCCGACGAUUAACCAAUAACCAAUUCUGAACCGUGACCCCUUCGAUUUCCAAACGUAUUUUUCGACGUUUCACUUUUUCCGAAUCGGAUUUUUAACGGUUUUUCUGUGUUCACAAACAGUGCGUGCGGUAUUUAGAGAACAUAAUUCUGUGUGACUGUGCUCUAUAAUUAUUGUGGAAAAGUGAUGCUGUGUGUCGUUUGAUUUUUCGAUUUUUCCGCUAAACCAGCGGCUACCCCGGGCCCCCACAAACCCUCAAAAUUACCCGAAUCCAGUCCCCAAAACCCACCCUGAGUUUCUCAGAUCCUUUCGGGCCUCCCACGUCGUCGGACGCGGGGGGCCCUUCCACCCCGCAGCCCGCUAUGACGACCCAGGAGGCCUUAGACCACCACCACCAUUUGGGGUCUCAGACCCCUCAUGACCAGAAUUCGGCGAACUCAACACCGACGAAUGUGUCUUCUAAAUCUGCUUUUAUUGAGCUCCAGCAGCAUGGAUACGGGUUUAAGGGGGGUUAUCAGCAUCCCCACCAUUUCGGGAGUCCUGGGGGUCAGCAGAACCCGCAUGAGGCCUCAGGGUUCCCUAGUCCGCGGUCGCUGGGGUAUCCUUUCCCUCCUAUGCAUCAGAACACGUACGGGUAUCAUUUGGGGUCGUAUGCGCCGCAGUGUUCGAGUCCGCCUAAAGAUGAAAAAUGCGGUCUCAGCGACGACCCCGGCCUCCGGGUGAACGGCAAGGGAAAGAAGAUGAGGAAACCACGCACGAUAUACAGCAGUCUCCAACUCCAGCAGUUGAACAGACGGUUCCAGAGGACGCAAUACCUCGCGUUACCGGAGCGGGCCGAGCUGGCCGCUAGCUUAGGCCUCACGCAGACCCAGGUGAAGAUCUGGUUCCAAAAUCGCCGCAGCAAGUACAAGAAGAUGAUGAAGGCGGCGCAGGUGGGGGCUCCGCCGCCGGGCCUAGGGCUCCCGCCCGCGAGCCCGCCCAGCAACAACCAAUUAUUACAUGGCGGCGGCGGCAGCUCGUCCGGCUCGCAACACUCUCCCGGCGCGUACGCAGGCGCCGCGCAGGCGCACUCGCCCACCCCGAGCUCCACCCCCGUCUCUGAGCUGUCCCCAGGGCUAUCCCCCACGGGGACGCCAUGGGACGUGAAGCAGCCCCCACAACCAAAUUGGGACGUUAAGCCAUCGGCAGGACGGUCGCCGGACGGCGCGUCGUGCGACGUCAAACCACCUCACCAGCAGUCGUGGGACCCGAGGGUCGGAUACGGCGCGCCGCCCGGCCCGUGGGACAUGAAAGGCGCGCACGCGCACGCGCUCCACCACCAGGGGGCGCCGCAGCCCCACCCCCCCUACGUACCCCAGUACUCGUGGUACCAAACUGACGCGAACCCUGGACUUUUGACUCCGAUGCAGUUGCAGUAUUAUUCGAACUAUUGCUGACAGUAACUCAAGGACACAUCUCAGACUGAUGCUGAUAUUCAAUAAAUAGGGUAUGGCCUGCAGUGUAACAGCUCUCUGGGAACGCAAGUUCACGAUAGUGAAAUUCAAAAUGGCGCCCGCUACAAAAUGGCGGACUUACCUGUCAAGUUAAAAUGACAGUUAUGUCAUUUUUAACGCACGAGAGCUGUAAAUGUGAAUUACUUGUAUCGGCACAACCAACUCUAACUUUAAGAAAAUUAUUUAAUAGAAUCAACUAAAAAUCAUUGUAAAUUUUUAUAAUUAACUAAAGAUAAGAUGUAAUUGUUAAAAAAAAAGGUUAUUUGUACAUGUUAUUGGGCAAUUGUGUUUUUACUACAAUUUUUCAUUUUGGUGUUUUUAUUUAUUUUGUCUUACGUCAAAUAUAAUAAAUAAUAGUUCCUAUUAUCAAAUGCCAUUUUAUUUUGGAAAUAAAUAAAAACUUUUGUAAGUUUUUAAUGCUUUUAAAUAUCAAGCUAAAGAUUUAUUUUCGUAUUUGACGUUUGCAAAAUUGUCGAAAUUGUAGGAAAAAUACAAAAAAUGGAGAUGUCACAGAUUCUGAUUCUGAUGUGUCUACAAUAAACUAUUCCAAUUUUUUUAAUUCCCUCCAAGAUUUUACCAAGAAUUAAUUGUUUUAAGAACACUCAAUUUAAUUGCAAUAUUGUACAUAAAUUAAAUCCUUCCUGCAUCAUGAAUAUUUGCAUAAUAAUUCGCAGUAAGGUCAGAUGGGGUAAGAGAAAUACUGGGGCAAGAGACACUUGUAGGGAAUCCUCAUACUACUCUUGCCCCGAGUAAAAUGAACUGUGUUACUUUUACCCCACAUGACUAUAUAUUAUAUGUAUAAAAAAUAUUUUUUUACUGUAAAUUGAGCAUUGAAAAAUUAUACAUUCCUGCACUUUUUUGAAAAUGCUCUUAUUUUGAACAAAAAAUGAGCUUUAAUACAUUUUAUUUAUAUAGAGUAUCCAUUAAACAAGCGACACAAACCAGUCCUUUGUGAUAAAUAAUUUUAAGUUUUUAUAGAACAAUAUUGUUUUGAUCUAAAAUUAAUUAAUUUAUUACAGUGUUUGUGCAAAAAUUGUGUUCUGAAUGCAACCUUUUUUUAUUUAAGCUAUAAAUUUUAUUUUUUAAUUUCUACUGCAAUUUCAAUAUUUUAGUCUAUUCGAAACACACUUUUACAAAUAUAUUUCACGCUAGAAUAAUAAAAAAACAAUUUGUAUGAAGAAAUAAAAUCAUGUAGGUAAUUUCAAUUGCUCAAUUGUUUCAAUGUUUUUAUGCAAAAUACAUAUUUAUAUUUUUAAAUUAUCUGUUAGGCAAUUAUUAUAUGUCGUAUAUAAAAUUAAACAUGUACAUAAUAACAUUGAUGUGUUCUUAUAUUUUGAAAAUAUAAAUGUGUAUUUUAUAUUUUGAAUAGACUAAAAUAUUUAUUCUAUAUGGGACAUUACGGGGAGAAAUUGUAAAUAUAUUUUGUAUUAUAUAGAGAAAUGAAGUAUACAUAUAAAUAUAAGUAGAUAGUUUAAUUACUUUAUAACUAUUGAAUUAUAAGGAAAGUGGAUAAGAAAAAAAGUGAAUUAAUUUCUUUUGUCAAAAUAAAAAGAGUAAAAGGCU